AUGGCCCCAGCACUGAAACCCUACAACGGUACCCAGCGCAAGCUGGUCCUUGCGUUUGACGUAGGCACUACUUUCAGUGGCAUAGCUUACGCUCUCCUUGAUCCGGGAGAGGUCCCGACUGUUCAAAGCGUCACACGCUUCCCUGGCCAGGAGAACGCGGCUGGAAGUUCAAAGUUUCCAUCGAUAUUAUACUACAAUACCCAAGGCGAAGUACGGGCCGCCGGUGGCGAAGCCGCCCUCCCUGGCAUGGAGCUAGAAGCCGACGACGAUAAACUAGUCUUUGUCGAAUGGUUUAAGUUACACCUACGCCCGGAGACCGUAGACAAGAGCACGUUCAACAAAGCCGAUAUCCCCCCACUUCCUCAAGGGAAGACGGUCGUUGAUGUCUUUACAGACUUUCUGCGUUAUUUAUAUGACUGCGCACGCCGUUACGUAGUUGAGACCCACGCUGUCGGCGACCGACUCUGGGACUCCCUGGGAGACCGCAUCGACAUCGUCUUGAGUCAUCCAAAUGGGUGGGAGGGCCCGCAGCAAAGCAAGAUGCGGCUUGCUGCUAUUCGCGGCGGGCUCGUUCCUGAUACGCCGGCUGGACAUGCGCGUGUCCAUUUCGUGACGGAGGGAGAAGCCAGUUUAUACUAUUGCGUUCAAAAUGGACUGGUCGAGGAGUCCACGAAUGAUGGCGAUAGUGUCAUGAUUGUCGACGCAGGCGGCGGAACAGUGGACAUCAGCACGUACAAGUUCGUCACAGUCUCCCCUAUGACUGUAGAAGAAGCGGCCAAUCCCGACUGUCUGAUGCAAGGCUCCACUACAGUAAAUGUCCGAGCCUCGAAGUUCCUGAAAGAUAAGUUGGUAAAGUCGCGGUACGGCAAUGACGACGAUAUCAAGUCCAUGAUGGAGUUCUUUGACAAGAACACGAAGCAAAUCUUCAAAGACUCCGCUGAACCGUCGUACAUAAAGUUCGGUUCCAUGGGCUGUAAUGAUCCCGUAGCCGGUAUACGUCGUGGGCAGCUUGUCCUCAGUGGAUCAGAAGUUUCGGCCUUGUUUGAGCCCUCCGCGGUAGCGAUCGUAGACGCGAUUCAACGUCAGCGGCAGCUAUCGCCGCCUUCAUUGAGAACUGUAUUCUUAGUUGGAGGUUUCGCCGCGAGCCCGUGGCUAUUCGCUCGACUACAGCAGCAGUUAAAAGCUCUCGGACUGGUGCUGUCGAGGCCCGAUCGUCACACGAGCAAGGCCGUGUCAGAGGGCGCGGUGGCCUUUUAUCUCGGGCGAUGGGUAUCGGCGAGGAAGGCUAGGGUGACGUACGGCGUCAAAUGCUCUCACUAUUUGAACAGCUCCAACUCAGAGCACAUAAAGCGGUAUGCCAAGGUCUACACGUUGCCUUCAGGCUUGCGCGCGGUGCGCGAUGGCUACAUCACGAUGUUGUCGAAGGGCAGCCAAGUCACGGAGAACCAUGAGAUUCAGCGAGAGAUGAUCAAGGAAUCAAACAAAAAGGCAGACCUCAAGUAUGUCACAAGCGACAUCACAUGCUACAGAGGCAAGGCCGGAGACCCUGCCUGGACCGAUGUUGAACCGGAGAUGUUUUCGAAGUUAUGCACGGUCUACGCAGACACUUCUCGCGCGCAGAAGCACAAAAAGAAAGGUCCGAUGGGACAUUUCUUCAGAGCCGAAUACAAGGUCAUCUUAUUGUGCGGGCUGACCGAGCUCAAGGCGCAAAUAAGUUGGAUCGAGAAUCUGUCCACUUACAGCGACAUACAUAGAGGUCCUGCCAGUAUUGUGUAUGAUGACGAUGCUGCCGCACGAGACUAA